AUGGGCAAAAACAAGAAGGCUGCGCUGCCUGACGAGGUACAUCUCGUGUUGCCUUCACACCCCGAAAGAACGCCGGGCUCGGGACCAGCCAUUGUCGACACGCAUACCCAUCUUGUCUCAACUUUCUCAUCCUACCGCAGCAAGUACCGCUCGGGCAAGCACGAGACUAUCCACGACUUCAUCCGCGAGCUGUACAAAGACCACAGCGUAGAGGCGAUCGUGGAUGUCUGGUGCGAGGCGCCGGUGCGGAAGGUAUGGCGAGAAAUUGCAGAUUCGGCCUUGACGGAGGAGGACAGGGAGCGAAAAUGGGGUAGAUUGGAAUAUUGGUUCGUUAUGGGUGUCCAUCCCCAUGAGGCCAAGUUGUACACUGAUGAAGUAGAGAAGGAGAUAGUAGACGCGAUGUCCCAUCCUCGUUGCGUGGGAUGGGGGGAGAUUGGCUUAGAUUUCCACUACGAUAAUUCACCCCGAGAUGUCCAGCGAUCCGUCUUCGCUCGGCAGCUGCAACGCGCAGUUGGUCUUGGCAAGCCGCUGACAAUCCACACGCGCGAGGCAGAAGAAGACACCGAGCGUAUAUUGAAGGAGCACGUACCGAAGGACCAUAAGAUCCACAUACAUUGCUAUACCGACUCUCCCGAGUGGGCGACGCGGAUGCUAGAUCACUUUCCUAACCUAUAUAUCGGGAUCACGGGUGUCAUUACAUACUCGACGAACCUCAACACCUCUGCCGUGAUUCGUAAUAUGGCGAGGCUGCCGAGUCCAUCCUUACGUAUCCUUCUCGAAACAGAUGCACCGUUCAUGACGCCAUCGAACUUGUACGGGACGCUCAAGAAUGUGAGGGGAAAACUACCGCUAUCACACUCUGCAAUGAUACCAUGGACUGCUGAGUUCGUAGCGACCGUAGCGAAUGGUGCGGAGGGUGCUGAGCAAUGGGAUACAGAGCGAGUAAUGUCCGAGGCGAGGGAGAAUGCGCGCAGGAUGUACUCAGUGUAG